ACCGAAGUCUCUCUUCAUCUGCAGUCUCUGUUCAGCUGGAGCACCUUGUCACCGGAACGGCCGCGACCAAGCUGUCUACACGAGUUGCAUCGCAAAAAGCUACUCGUGAACCGGUCAUUACAGCCAGUAUGUCGCAGACCGCCACCGAGACGCGUUCCGAUACGCAGCAACACAAACCUUUCGGGCCAGAUGUCCAUGAGCUCGGCCACUUGACCUCCAGUCAUGGCCGAUCGCUCGAAGAUAUUUCGCCGAAGCUGGACGGUUCCGAGGCCCAUCAGUCAACAACAGACGACCUGGACAGUACCCCGCCGCCGAACGCUCAUGGACCCAUCGAGCGCUGGAACUCGCCCAAGGGCAACGUUGGCAGGAUUGUAUUCGCUUUCUUCUCCUUCAUUAUUUCCGGCAUGAAUGAUGCGGCAGUUGGUGCCCUGAUUCCAUAUCUCGAAACAUACUAUGACUUGAGCUACACGAUCGUCUCACUCAUCUUCCUAACGCCCUUCGCCGGCUACUCAGUUGCGGCGUUCACAAACGCCAGAAUUCACCAGAAAUUUGGACAGCGAGGGGUUGCUAUCAUGGCCCCCCUGUGUCAUAUCGUCACCUAUGUUGUUCUGUCCCUGCAUCCUCCCUAUCCAGUCCUAGUGGUUGCGAAUAUGAUCAGUGGGUUUGGCAAUGGACUGACCGACGCUUGCUUCUGUGCUUGGAUUGGCGCCAUGGACAAGACCAACACGAUCCAGGGCUUCCUCCACGCCUCCUACUCCGUGGGCGCCCUCAUUGCCCCGCUGAUUGCUACAUCGAUGGUGGUUACUUCUUCACUUCCAUGGUACAACUAUUACUAUUUCAUGGUUGGUGCGUCUGUUCUCGAACUCGUCGGUCUUGCCAUCACUUUCUGGCCAAAGACCGGUGCUAUGUAUCGCGCCGAACACGCUCAUGAAAACGAGGGUCAAGGGGGUGCUGGCACUCGAAUCGCACUCAAGUCCAAGGUCACCUGGCUUUGCUCCGUGUUCUUCUUCGCAUAUAUGGGUGCCGAAGUCGGCCUAGGUGGUUGGAUUGUCACCUUCAUGCUUCGCGUCCGCAAGGCGUCCGCCUAUGCAUCUGGUGUCUCUGCCACAGGCUUUUGGGCCGGACAGGCCCUGGGCCGCGCAUGCCUAGGUUUCGUAACCGAGAGAUACGGGGAGAGGCUCUGUAUCAGCAUCUAUCUCGUUAUCUGCAUUGCCCUUCAACUUCUCUUCUGGCUUGUGCCCCAGUUCAUCGUCUCAGCUAUUGCUGUGGCGUUCCUUGGUUUCUUCUUGGGUCCGAUGUUCCCUGGUGCUGUUACGAUGACGGCCAAGCUUCUUCCGAAACACAUUCAUGUCAGUGCCAUUGGCUUCGCUAUGGCUAUUGGAGGCACAGGGGGAACAGUGUUCCCAUUCAUCAUUGGUGCCAUUGCGACUAGCAAGGGUGUUACGGUGCUCCAACCCAUCAUUCUAUCAUUGAUUGCGGUGGUGGCUACCGUGUGGCUUUGCUUCCCACGUAUCCAAAAGAGAGAGUAGGGUACUCUGCGACACUUUGAAACAAAUGGGUUGACCUUCUCUCAUCUGCCUGGCAACUAAUACACAACUGGACCUUUCAGGUUGCAAGGAAGUUUACUCUCCUGUUCAUCAAAAAAUCAAAAGACGUUUGCAACCGGAUCAACGCUGCGAUCUGAAGAUCACUAUCUAGAGUUUGCCCCGCUGAGAGAAGGAGUGAACACUCAGAUAGGGAGAGAA